CUGGCCGCCGCGCGUCGCCCGCACACGCCACCGCUGCUGCCGCCGCGAUGGGCUCCUGAGAGGUCCGGUCGGGAGCAGCACGGAGCCCCUGCCCUCGGGAAGCUUGUGUCUGCUGGAAGAAGGCAGACAGUUAAAUAUGCCAACUCUUCGAUUACUCCCAGGGUUUCUCUCAGGGAGCCCCCUGCUGCCAGGCACCAUGACGGUGAGGGGGGCUGCACUGGCCCCAGAUCCAGCGGCACCCACGACUGCGGCAGCCUCGCCCAGUGUCUCUGCAACCCCCGAGGGCAGCCCCACGGCCAUGGAGCAGCCCGUGUUCCUGAUGACAACCGCCGCUCAGGCCAUCUCUGGCUUCUUCGUGUGGACGGCCCUGCUCAUCACCUGCCACCAGAUCUACAUGCACCUGCGCUGCUACAGCUGCCCCAACGAGCAGCGCUACAUCGUCCGCAUCCUCUUCAUCGUGCCCAUCUACGCCUUCGACUCCUGGCUCAGCCUGCUCUUCUUCACCAAUGACCAGUACUACGUGUACUUCGGCACCGUGCGCGACUGCUACGAGGCCUUGGUCAUUUACAACUUCCUGAGCCUGUGCUACGAAUACCUCGGGGGAGAAAGUUCCAUCAUGUCAGAGAUCAGAGGGAAGCCCAUUGAGUCCAGCUGUAUGUAUGGCACAUGCUGCCUCUGGGGAAAGACUUACUCCAUCGGAUUCCUGCGCUUCUGCAAGCAGGCCACCCUGCAGUUCUGUGUGGUGAAGCCGCUCAUGGCCGUCAGCACCGUGAUCCUCCAGGCCUUUGGCAAGUACCGGGACGGUGACUUUGACGUCGCCAGCGGCUACCUCUACGUGACCAUCAUCUAUAAUGUGUCUGUCAGCCUGGCCCUCUAUGCCCUCUUCCUCUUCUACUUCGCCACGCGCGAGCUGCUCAGCCCCUACAGCCCCGUCCUCAAGUUCUUCAUGGUCAAGUCCGUCAUCUUCCUCUCCUUCUGGCAAGGCAUGCUCCUGGCCAUCCUGGAGAAGUGCGGGGCCAUCCCCAAGAUCCAUUCGGCCCGCGUGUCGGUGGGUGAGGGCACCGUGGCUGCCGGCUACCAGGACUUCAUCAUCUGCGUGGAGAUGUUCUUUGCAGCUCUGGCCCUACGGCACGCCUUCACCUACAAGGUCUAUGCCGACAAGAGGCUGGACGAGCAAGUGCCAACAUAUGGUCCUUACGGCCGCUGCGCCCCCAUGAAAAGCAUCUCCAGCAGCCUCAAGGAGACCAUGAACCCGCAUGACAUCGUGCAGGAUGCCAUCCACAACUUCUCACCCGCCUACCAGCAGUACACGCAGCAGUCUACCCUGGAGCCAGGGCCCACCUGGCGCGGCAGCGCCCACGGCCUGUCACGCUCCCACAGCCUCAGUGGCGCCCGUGACAACGAGAAGACCCUCCUGCUCAGCUCUGACGACGAGUUCUAAGUGUGGCCGCUUCGGGGGAGGCUCAGCGCCUUGGCCCAGGGCAGCAUGUGCCCCUCCAGCCUGUGUCCAGGCCAGGAGGCAGGCUGGCACAGCGUUGGCAUUGCCCUUCCAUGUAUUGGACCAGAGACACUCACAUAUCGCUUCCAGACGAACAGCCAGUUGCUGUCUGCCCAGGGGACAGCCCGGGCUCACCGACGAGCCUUCAGGAAUAUUUAUACAAGGCCAAGGCUGCACUGCCCCGGCGAGGGGCAGAGGACACUGGGAAUGACUCCCCCACCCUUGCGGCUUGUCCUGAGGUGGCGGCAUGUGGGGACCAGCCGUGCCCAGGCCGACACUUGUGUUGUGGACCAGUGGCCGCAGCCUUCUCAGCCCUGUUCCCCGGGUCAUUGCCCUCCCCCACGAGACUUACAGCCCCAAACACCGUGCAAUACAGCAACCUGGGCUUUUGCCCGCCUGCUCCCUCCUCUGUCCCCCCCUUGUUUGAUGCUAGAUUAGCCUCAGCCCCGGCAGGAGGGAGGAGGGAAUGCAAAGGCUCUCUGUGAACCCCCUCCUGACCCAGGCCUGCCUGGCGCGCUGCAAGGAUCAGAGCCAGACACCAAGAGCCACGGGUCCCACCAGGAAGGGUCCUCAGGUGCCUCUGAGCCCCUCUUCUGUUGAUGCGGCCUCUCCGAGCGGGGUCCUCUCUGGCUGCAGCUCUGCCUCCCUCGUGCCCCUUUCUCCGGGCCUGCGGAGAGCAGUCUGCAGCCCACACUGCCCCUCCCUUGGGGUCUUCCCUUUCGAGAGCAUUUUAGGGCAGAGCCCUUCCUUCCUGGCUCUUCAAAGGGUCAGGGGCUCCCACCCUCCUUCCCAGGCUGAGCAAUCAGAACCUCUGCUGGGUCCUGGUCUCUCCCUGGGGCUUCUCCCUCCCAUUGCAGGAGAAGAGUCAGAGUCCCCAUGUUUUAGAUCAGCUUCCAGAGGACACAGUUCUGUGGGAGGGAGGACGGAGGGCUGGGCCGUGCAGCAGGGGUCCAGGAGCAGGGAGGAGUGGUCUCAGGCUCCUCUCCGGUGUCCUCCCCUGUGUGGCCCCCUUGCCCAUCUCUUCUGUGCCUUAGUCACAUAUGAAAGCCCCCCCUCCCUAGGCCCUCACUCUGUCCUAGACACUCCUUGGGGACUCCCUGUUAAGCUGCUGGCACUCAGGAUCCUGCAGUGCAGGGCCAAGUGCCCUUGGACAGGCCUCAGGGGUGGCCAGGACCACCAGUCCUUCCCCACACCACCCCACAUACCUGGAGCCUCCCGGAGUCCCCAGCAAGCUGGGCUUACCCCGGCCACUGUCUUAGGGAGAGUACUGAGACAGACAUGAUGCUUGUUCAUACUGCCCUGUCCCCCUUGGGUUCGGGCUGCAGCAGCCUGGGUAGGGGAUAGGGCGAGGGAGAAGGGCCCUGCCCAGUGGCAUUGGAACUUCACUGUGGAAUCGUCUUCCUUUUGGCCACUCCCGGAAUGAACUGCUGAGCGAGAGUGGGGUGGGGGCUUACAUCCCAGGAGUCUUUGUGGGCACUUGGCCCUGGUAACCAAGCCAGUUCCCUGAGGACACAGAGGCCGGGGGGGGGGGGGGGGUGUUCCCAGGACCAGGGGCGGUCAUACACCUUAAUCUGGGCGACUGGAGGCCAGCCCUCUGGCUCCUCCCUGGUGGCCUAGCCGGCUGGUACCAAGCUGCCCAGGAAGUUAGUGGGUAGGUGCUGGCUGUCAGGACAACCUCUGUCCCCGCUCCCACCAUUUCUUCACAAAUCUGUUUCUCUGGUUCCCCUUCCAGGCCAAAGUGUGCAGCUGCGUCCCUGCCCCUGGUCUCCGCUGCCCUGGCACUUGCCCUCUAGCUCAGUGGCAGGGAGCCAGUGACCCCUGGGAGAUGGGGGCUGAGAACUCGUGCCUGACCAAGCCACCCCUCCUUCCUAGGAUGCAUAACCUACCUUGUCUUUUUUUUUUCCUGAUAGAGUAGCUCUUUGUACAUAAAAAAUACUUGAAAAAUUAAUUGUAUGAUGUAUGAAAAGACAGAGUCCCCUAGUUUUGUAUCUCGUGUAUGACUGCCAUGAAUUCCACCAGAAAGUCGUUCUAUUUUGGUCUCUGUGACAUUUUAAAUGCGUGACAGAAGUGAGCAAAUAAAGUGAGAAAGAAAUAUAUAUAUAUGAGAUAAU